AUGAUGCCACACGUACGGAACGAAGGCCCAGUUCCACAGCCUCCUAUCCUAUCCUACCCUAUUCCCUAUCCCUAUCUACCCUGCCCUGCCUUGCCUUGCAUCUGUCCGCUCCCUCUUCUUCUCUUCUUUUUCUUCUCCAUCAUGUCCGCCCUCCCUCCCCUCGAUUCCUCCUCCACUUCAUCCCCUUCCACCGCCUCCCACCCACCCGCCGGCAAGCCUGAUCCCACCGUCAACGCCGACAGCAGCCAUGCCCCCGAAAGAAGGCUCUCCGCCUCCCGUGCCGCCACCUCCACCGAACUCUCCCGUCUUACGGUAAACCUGCGCGCCGCCCUGCGUCAAUUCCCCGAUUUUCCCUCUCCCGGCAUCCUCUUCGAGGACAUCUUGCCCAUCUUCGCCAACCCCCAGCUCCACGGCGACUUGAUCCGUGCUCUCGAGCUCUACGUCGUCGACAAGUACGGCCGCGACAACAUCGAUGUCGUCGUAGGCCUCGACGCUCGUGGCUUCCUCUUCGGCCCCAGUCUGGCCCUGAGGCUCAAUGCUGCUUUUGUGCCUGUUCGCAAACAGGGCAAGAUGCCUGGCGAGUGUGUGACCGAGGGCUAUGAGAAGGAGUACGGGACAGACUUUUUCCAGAUGCAAAAGGACGCCAUCAAGCAGGGGCAACGAGUGCUCGUCGUGGACGACAUCAUUGCUACUGGUGGUUCCGCCGCUGCCGCCGGCUCGCUCGUCCAGAAACUCGGCGGCUCUCUUGUCGAGUACAUCUUCAUGCUCGAGCUCGACUUCCUCAAAGGUCGCGACAAGCUCAACGCUCCCGUAUACACCCUCCUCUCCAGCCAGGAGAAGUAAAGUCACUUCGUACCUUAUACUUCCGACGUACUUCUGUUUUCCCGAAUAGACUCUCCAACCAGCCCCUCCUCCAUAUCCACUGCACAUGCAAACUCGACUCCUUUUUAUUCGCGAUGAUAGAUGGCUCGGUAGCAUGAAAAAGGCGUUCUACUUUUUUUGGGUUGUGUUUUGUUUUCUUGGUCACUUGCUAGGUCUUCUUUGCAUCUCCGUGUCUCCUCGCGACCACCUAUCUAGACAGACAUCUGUCGAUACAAGGCAACGAAAUCCAAAAGUCAGACCCGCUAGGCUGGUGUAAAUACCCAUGUGGCUGCAUUAUGCUUCAUCAUGAUGGCAUAGUUUGUCGACCUCAGACUCCAUUUCACUCACCCAGUACUUGUCCAGUCUUAUCUCCUAUCGUAGAUAAUGGGUUGAGCAGUCCGCCAUUUGCGUACGCCAGAAAAAAAAUUCGGUGUACCAACAACUUCUGUCAUAUCUUUCUGUUAUAUACACUAUCACGUUCGCUUUUCUGGCUUCGCCUUUACUAUUUUCGCGGCUAUAGACUCGUUCAAUACUAAUUCUCUUCUCUCUCGCUCACCUUCCCAAUCUCACUCGCAUCUCG